UUUGUGAAAUAAUCCCUAAAGAAAAGCCCAUUUGUAAUGGCAAGGCAAGAGUGGAUGUAUGGGCUUUUUUAUGUGUAGGUUAGGUCCAUAAAGUGUGGCCCAAACAGAAAAGAGAGAAUUGUUGCUCAAGCCAAAACCAUCAGACCUUCCUUACUUCCUUUCUCUCUCGUCUCAAUUCAAUUCCCUCAAAUCAAAAUCAAAAUCAAAAUCAAUUUCAAAAUCAAAUCAAGAAUGGAUUUGAAGGUUGAUCUGGAUGCUCCACACUCCAUGGGCACCACCAUCAUUGGUGUUACUUACAACGGCGGCGUUGUUCUCGGAGCUGAUUCAAGAACUAGCACUGGAGUUUAUGUUGCUAAUCGCGCAUCGGACAAGAUUACUCAGCUUACUGAUAAUGUCUACGUUUGUCGCUCCGGAUCGGCUGCUGAUUCUCAGAUUGUUUCGGACUAUGUGCGUUACUUUCUUCAUCAGCACACGAUACAGCUAGGCCAACCUGCAACUGUCAAAGUUGCUGCCAAUCUCAUCAGGCUUUUGUCUUACAAUAACAAGGAUAUGUUACAAACUGGUAUGAUUGUUGGUGGAUGGGACAAGUAUGAAGGUGGAAAGAUCUACGGAGUUCCUCUUGGUGGAACCAUAGUCGAGCAGCCAUUCUCGAUUGGUGGAUCUGGCUCCAGUUAUUUGUACGGAUUCUUUGACCAAGCGUGGAAAGAAGGAAUGACCAAAGAGGAGGCUGAGAAACUAGUGGUGAAGGCAGUUUCCCUUGCCAUUGCUCGUGACGGUGCAAGUGGAGGUGUUGUUCGUACUGUCAUCAUUAAUUCCGAGGGAGUGACAAGAAACUUCUACCCGGGAGACCAACUUCCACUCUGGCACGAGGAGUUAGAGUCCCACAAUUCGUUACUAGACAUAUUGAACUCUGCGAGUCCAGAGCCAAUGAGCAUACAAUGAUGAGUCCAGAGCCAAUGAGCAUACAAUGAUGAUGAGCUUUCUAUCGUUUGUUACUGUUUAAUUACCUCUUCGAACUCUUGUGCAAGGCUUUGUGUACUUUAAAGUUUAAACUAAACUUUAGAACAAAUAUUUCAUCUCACCUCUAAAUUAAUUUUUAUAAUUGUGAUUUUGAUUA